UUCACUGGGAGUGUGGACUCUCAGGCUGAAGGAAGGAGGGUUUUGUGGAGGAAACUUGAGGACAUGCGGCGUCUCCCGCAAACUUUAGUCAAACCAAACUUUCUGCGAUCCUGAGAAAGACCUGAAGUGUCAAGAAUGAACUGAAGGGGAGCAAAGAGGAAGAGGAGAGGAGGAGCCGGGGGUGAGCCGUUCACUUCCAUUGAUCCUAUAUCGAGGGCUCCUGUGAAGAUGCAGGCUGCUGCUGUGGCUCUGACUGUACUGAGCAUUUUCUUCGGCCUGGACUGCCUGGCCGCUCAUCGGUCCAAACCAAACCAGAUACAGAACGACAGAAACACUCAGAAAGAUGAGACAGAAGCGAAGAAGAAGAACCAGCCGCACAUCUUGUUCAUCCUCACAGACGACCAGGGCUUCAACGACAUCGGCUACCACAACCCCACCAUCAAGACUCCCACUCUGGACAAACUGGCGGCGGAGGGCGUGAAGCUGGAGAACUACUAUGUUCAGCCCAUCUGCACGCCGUCACGCAGCCAGCUCAUCACCGGCAGAUAUCAGAUCCACACAGGACUACAGCACUCCAUAAUCAGACCAAGCCAGCCGAGCUGUCUGCCAUCACACAUGGACACUUUGCCUGAGAGGCUCCGCGAGGCCGGUUACACCACGCACAUGGUCGGCAAGUGGCACCUGGGCUUCUACAGGAAGGCAUGCCUGCCCACCAGAAAGGGCUUUGACAGUUUCUUUGGUUCUCUAACAGGAAGUGUGGAUUACUACAGUUAUGGGUCCUGCGAUGGCCCGGGGUUGUGUGGGUACGAUCUCCAUGACGACGAGGACGUGGCGUGGGGCCAGAAAGGGAAAUAUUCCACCACGCUCUUCACACAGAGAGCUCGUAAGAUCCUGGAGAGCCACGACCCCACGGACAGGCCCCUCUUCCUGCUGCUCUCCCUCCAGGCGGUUCACACUCCUCUAAAGACUCCCAUGUCCUACAUCCACCCCUACCGUGACAUGGCUAACAUCGGCCGGAGAAAUUUUGCCGCCAUGGUGUCCACAGUGGAUGAGUCGGUCCGAAAUGUCACCUACGCCCUGAGAAAGUACGGAUACUACCGGAACAGCGUUAUCAUCUACUCCACCGACAACGGUGCCCAACCAUUCACAGGAGGGAGCAACUGGCCGCUACGAGGCCGUAAGGGUACGUAUUGGGAAGGUGGAGUCCGUGGAGUGGGGUUCGUUCACAGUCCCCUGUUGAGGCACAAGAGGCGGGUCUCCAAAGCUCUUCUGCACAUCACUGACUGGUUCCCGACGCUGGUGGGCCUGGCUGGGGGGAACAUCAGCCAGAGCCAGGGUCUGGAUGGUUUUGAUGUUUGGCCCACCAUCAGUGAAGGGAAGGAGUCACCUCGUCAGGAGAUCCUUCACAACAUUGACCCACUGCACAAACCUCGUGCUCGGACCAGGGCCCGGGACGCCUCAGUAAGAAAAUCGAAAGACCGAAGUCCGGCCUUUAAGAAGCCAAAGAAGAAGAAGGUCCUGAAGCAGCAACCGAAGCAGAACUCAGCGUUCAAGUUAAAGACCACCAAGAAACCUCUGACGUUUUCCCAUCAUGCUGUUAAGCCUAAAGCCAAACUGAAAUCCAACCCCCUUCCCAAACCAAAGCUUAAGCCCCCGCCAAAAUCAAAAGUCAAACCCAAGACCAAAGGCUUACAUCAGAACCAGAGACUGUCACAUUACAAACCAUAUCUAAAGUCCCACUCCAGUGGUACUCCAUCAGCGUCAGGAACAUCUCGCCCCAAGUCUCAGCCUCAGAUCCAACCACGUUUAAAGUCAAAAUCUAGGCGGACCAUAUCCCAGAACCUGUCACGGUCAAGACCACCUCAAACAAAAUCUAAGACACAGCUAAAAUUACAUUUAAAGUCCAAGUCAAGGCAGACAUUACCCCAGUACCAGAACAUGUCCCAGGCAGGGACAACGCAGCCCAAAUCCCAUCCAAAGCCCAAGUUAAGGCUCCAGUCGUCCGAGCCAGUGUGGGACCCAUCAGUCCAGGCUGCCAUCAGAGUUGGAGACUGGAAGCUGCUAACAGGAGACCCAGGCCAUGGAGACUGGGUCCCCCCACAGGUACUUCCCACUCUCCCUGGUCCCUGGUGGAACCUCGAAGUCGUCUCGUCGCUCCACAAACCUACCAACCACAAAAAUGUCUGGUUGUUCAACAUCACGGCCGACCCGUGUGAGCGGCGGGACCUGGCGGACCAGAGACCAGAUGUGGUGCAACAGCUGAUGGCCCGACUCGCCUACUAUAACCAAACGGCCGUGCCGGUUUACUUUCCACCUGAUGACCCUCGGGCAAAUCCCAGCCAGCACGGCGGAGCCUGGGUACCCUGGGUGGAGGAAGAGGAGGACGAGGAGGGAAAAUAUCACGGCGUGUACAAGAAAGGUCGGAACAAUAAGAAGAAAAAGAAGAAAAAGUGCCAGCUGCAGUCGUUCUUUCUGAAACUGAACAGCAGGAUGAUGUCCCAUCAGAUCUGAGGCGAUCGUGUCAGAGACUUCAACCUUUUGAAAUGUUACCAGGUGAGGUAAUGCCACUACAUUUAGUUGAAGUGAAACUCUUCAGAAAGCUUUCUAAAACAUGUCCUUUCACUGGCUUCACUUUUCUACUUGUUCCUUGUCAUUUAUGUCAUGUAAUUUAUAAUAAUGUUAAAUGUGGACAUACUGGCCAUCAGUGGUAGAAUGUAACAAAGUACAUUUACUCAAUUACUGUACUUAAGAGCAAUUUUGAGGUACUUAUGCAACUUUGUACGUCUACUCCACUACAUCUCAGAGGGAAAUUGUUAUUUGAUAUUUUUAUUCAAUAGUUUCUUUGCAGAUUCAGACUAUCAAUACAAAAUAUUAUCAACUAAUAAAAGAUGCAUUAUAGAUUACUGUAAGCUUCCCAGCACUAUAUAAAGUAACUGAAAUUAGCUCCACAUUUACUAGCUACAUUAAAGUAAUAAUAAGAAUCCAGUAAGUUAAUAUAUAAAUUAUACCAAAUUACCAUCCAGGCCAGCAUGAGUACUUUUACUUUUGGUACAUUUUUCUAAUGCGUACUUUUACAUAAGUAAAAUUUUAAAUGCAGGACUUGUAUCCUGUAACGUAUAUCUACUAUGUGGUAUUGCUACUUUCCUUAAGUAAAGGAUCUGAGUACUUCUUCCACCGCUGAUGGUCAUACAAGAAGUAUAUGUGUGGUGCUGAGAGUCCAGCUGGAUUGGUAAGAAGACUCAGUUCAGGCUUUUCGUUGACUUUUAGAAGGUCAGUUGGCUGAAAUCAUAUAUUGUGUUUUGCCGAGAGUGUAGUUUCACUUUUAUUUGCAAGGUUUUGAGAACAGGAUUUUUGUUAUCUACCAAAGUAUGUCCAACAACUGUUGCUAACAGUUUCCAGUGUUGGCGGUGAGUAGCCCCGGGACCUUAGGAAAGAGGGAUUGUUGUUGAGAUAGGUGCCGGGAUAGCCAGUUGUCAGUCAUACUGCACCAAAAGAAUAUGAAACUCUUUGCAUGAUGGCAGGAUACUACUUAAGAGUAAGCAGGAAAAUGUUUUUUUUAUGAUUUGGGUGAACUGACCCAUUAAAUUCCUUUAAAUAAAACUUCUCUGGUGGUUUUCCAGACCCCUGUUCUUUACUGUUAUGACAGCUGUUACAGUUUUCAGCAUUAUGUGAUUGUAGAAAUUGUGCGUCCACUGUUUCCUCAUUAAUGUCUAUUAUUCCUUUUUUUAUUUUUGUCACUCACAAUCUCACAGAGUUCUUGAUACGAGGACUGCCACUGUGCGGCAGUAAAAGGUUUUUAGACACUGUAAACAAUUAUGAUUAUAUUUUUUACUUUGACCAGACUUUUCAACAAUCUGUGACACAGGUUUAGUGUAUGUUUACACCAACAGUUCGUACUUGUUUUUACAGUGAAAGUGCAUGAGAAUUAUACUUAUUUCUAUAAUUCUGUUAAUGUUUUUUGCUUGUCCAUCAUGUGUAAGAAAAUAGGACACAUUUUUAGUACAUUUCAGUGAAUACAGAUAUGUUUCUCAUGUUUUGGUUUGGGUUUUUUUUAAGUUUCUUUAUGUAUUACUAUAGGUGGAACAGGCCUUUGGAUACUGUGGCUGUUUGAAUGUAUUGCCAAUGGCAAGCAUAUUUUGACUAUGAAUUUACAGUAUGUGUUUUUAUUUCACUACAUGCUACUGUGAAAAGCAGAAACUGUCAUAUGAACUUGAUUUUUCACAACUUAUUCAGCCCUAGGCAGGACCCCACAUACGUCUUGAAAACAUUUUCAAGACAUAAAGGGACAAAAUCCUUCCUUUUAUAACAAGUUUUGUUUUAAAUUCCACCAGAUGUAGGGGAAAAGCUCAGUUAUUUAAACCAACUAAGGUUUUUAUUAGUUUCAAGGUGUAAACACAUGAAAUGGAUCAAUACCAGAAAGCACUGAAGUAAGUUGAAAGGGAAAUGUUUUAGGAAAACACCUCCUGACACCUGUGUAAUGACUCUGUGUAUGAAAACAUACACAGAUCGAACCAGCUAAACAUAAGCAGCUGCAUUUCCCUCCUGCUAUCACACAUUAUACAUAUGCAUUUUACAUUUGUAUCUUCAGUAAAAGCUCACUUAAUUCAGAAAAGGAAGGAAGGAAGUAAAAAGUGUUGCAGCAAAUGUUUUGCCAGCAUUAGUAACCCCUUUGAAGUAAGAUGUUGGUUUUCUCCCUUUUGAGCAGGACACCUAACCUCUAAAUAUUUCAGUGUAUUUGCUCAAUAUCCAACAAACCACGACUGUGGCGGCUCUGUUACAGCACCCAGUUACUAAAGUGCACGGCAGUUUGAGUGUGUAUGAGUGCUCCUGUUUCAAUGGACGCUUGAUUUCUCCACCCUGAGUAAAUAAAGGUUAAAUAAAAUGAA